AAAUAAAUUAUUGCUCAAGUAAUCCGUGUCAGCAUGGUGGUACCUGUAAUCGUAGAAUUGGAGGUUACACAUGUGCUUGCAUUAAUGGUUGGCAAGGAAUAAACUGUGAGACCGCAGUGAAAAAGUGCAAUGACCAAGUGACAGGAGGUAGAUGUCAGGGGACCUGUUAUAACAUCUUUAAUGACUAUAGCUGCAAAUGUGAUGCCUACAGCUUUGGGUCAAAUUGUGAAAAUGGUAGAAAUGUAAGUCAUACAUGUCAAGACUACAACAAAUGUCAAAAUGGUGGCCAGUGCUCUUAUGAUACCUCUAUGAUGUGUAGAUGCCCAACUAAAUACACUGGAGAUGGUUGCCAAACCCUCGUUGAUUACUGUGGAAAGACAAACCCAUGUAAGAAUGGUGCCAUGUGUUCUGUGACAAACACAGGAUACACAUGUACAUGUAAAGAAGGUUAUGAGGGAAUUAAUUGUGAAAAGGGAGUAAAUGACUGCCCAAGUGAAAAAUGCCCUGAUGGCAUGGAUUGUUUGGAUGAAGUAAAUACUUACUAUUGCCGGUGCCCUAUACAGAAAACUGGUGCAAACUGUCAAAAUGAUGUUGAUGUUAACUACGAUCUGUCUUUCUAUCAUCCUCGAGGGUAUGGCUUUGCAUGGAUUCCAUAUUAUAUCCAGGUUAUCACUGUGAACUAUAUCUCAGUAACACUUUGGGUGAGAUAUUCCACAAGUGGAGACACAGGGGUGUACAUGACACAGUUUGUCGGAGAUCGUUUUGAAGAUGCCAGUAGAUUUAUGGAAUUCGAGGAGAGGGGUGUAAAGAUUUAUAUUAAUCAACCCAACUCUGAUCAUGUACUGUUACAAUACGGUCGUGAAGCCGAAGUGAAUGACGGAAACUGGCAUUUAGUGGCGUUAACAUGUGACAUGAUCAAAGGUGUCGCAAGUCUAUAUCUUGACACUAUACCACAUGAUUCAGUAACUGAUCCAGAACUGGUCAUGCCAUAUAGUAGUUUCAGACAUUGGAUUGUGCUGGGAUGUGAAUUUGACAAUGACGAAAGGAGAUGUACUGAAAAUGGCAAAGGUUUCCGUGGUUACAUCAGCCAGGUUAAUUGGUACACACGAAUGCUGUCUUUCGAAGGUCCGGGUGAUGGCAGUGUAGGGGACAUACCUACAAUUUUCAUCAACCCACGAUACGUGUUUGGAGAUUUGAAUUACCUCCUCCUUGCAUGGAACGAGUAUGUGUAUGAAAAUGGCGUUGGGAAGAUGACACCUUCUGAGGCUAAUGGUCAACCUUGUAAUGAUCUGAACAGAAACCCAGCCUGUAGUUCUUACAGAGCAAGCUCACAACAUCCGUCUGUCAUCAGCUGUCCUGAUGACAAGGUCAUUUAUUCUGAGGAUCGACUUACUACAGUUACCUGGGAUGAACCAGUCUUUAAUAACGUUGUCAGUGUAACCAGGCCAAGUCGUCCAUCAGGAAGUUCAUUUACAUGGGGAAUCUACAGAAACACCUACCUAGGGAUAGAUGGUGCCAACAAUAAAGCCUACUGUCAUUUUACAGUUUAUGUGAAUGCUUGGAGAUGUGAUGCUAUUCCCGACCCACAAGGCGGGAAACAGAUGUGCAAAACAAAGUCAGGCAGAACAGACUGCAAAAUAUCUUGCAACAAUCAGAACACAAGUAUUUACGUGAUUGUUCGAACUUAUCCACAUCUGUUUACCUGCGGACCAACAGGUUUUUGGAAUGCAGAUAAACCAUUUAGACGUUUUAGAUAUCCAUCAUGCGGACUUAUCACAUCGAUACCAAAGGUGCGAGCUGACAUUCGUGUAAACUACAGAAUAUUGACUUCUGCAUGUAAUGCAGCCCAAACGAAUAUACGAGUUCGUACAUACGAGGAAUUCCGUAAAAUGAAGGAUCUAUUCACUGGCCAGUUUUGUCAGCAGGCAGACUGCACGGAUAUUACUGUAUUAACUACUUGUCAGACAAUAGAGCCGGGGAAACGUAGAAAGCGGCAGACGUCGUCUUUAUCUAACUUCCUGCUAGAAAUCACUCUCCCGUUUAUUGAUUCAAGAGUUGAAUUUGAUGGUGAAAUUAUUUCUUCAAAAGUGUUCUUGACCUACUUUAUUCUUGGAGCUGGAGUUCUGAACUUUGACACAAUUCCAAAUUUGACCUUCCUAAAAGAAAACUUUGGGAUAGUUACAACAGAAAAAUGUCCAGAUGGUGAAGUUCUCAGAAAUGGACAGUGUGUUGAAUGUGGACCAGGUAAUUAUUUCCGGUAUAAAGACAUUACCAACACAACUGCUUUCUGUGAUGAUUGCCCUAUUGGAUUUUACCAAGACUUAAGUGGUAAGAAGAGCUGUAAACAAUGUAGAGCUGGACUCACGACUGAAAUGACUGGCGAAUUCUCACCAACUAGCUGCAAAGCAUCCUGCCCAAUUGGACAAUACUUUGACAAUAACAGAAACGGUUGUCAGCCAUGCCCUAUUGGCUACUACCAGGAUGAAGUAGGUCAGUUCAGAUGUAAAGGAUGUAAUGCUGGAGAGACGACAAAAGAAAAUGGCUCGGUCUCCUUACAAGCAUGUUCAUUAUUGGGUAAUACUUCAGACGUAGGGGGAUCACCAAAAUCUAAUGAAACUACAAAUACGCUUGUUGCAGUUGGAGUGGGUGUUGGAGUUGCAGCAGUAGCACUUAUUGCUGUUUGCAUCAUUUUUAUAUCAAAAAGACGCAAGAGCAGGAUGUCAAAAACUGCAACCGCAGCAACUGCACCCGAUAACCAGCUAUCACGAACAGAGUUUGAACAAUCAGAGUCGCCAGACUCAGUAUAUGAUGAGUUACAAUCAGUCAGCAAUUACUCACCUACAUACAGCCGGUUAGAAGGCAAUGGUGAACAGUUGCCUAUUAGAAUGCCAGACAUGAACACCAACCUUGCACCUGAAACAUCCUAUGAGCUGCUUCAGUUAAGAUCAAACGACCCGAGCAUGUAUGAUAACCUAUAUAACAACUAUCUGUGACUUUACAUAUAAACCAAACAAUUGUGGAAUUCUUAUAAAUGGUGUUUCAGUUUGUGUGCAGACAUAUAUGAAUUGUGAAUAACAGAAUUUGCUAUAUUAUAUAAUAUACUACUAAACAAACUAGUAUUUGAUAAACAGUGUUUCCUUGUAGUGCCGGAAACGCGUUAAGAACGUAUCAGUUUGCUGUAGAUUGAAUAUUUUAAGUUUAUGAUCAUUUUAAUGCCGCCGGUUCGAUAAAAAACGAUGUCACACCAUUUUUGGUGUGUUUGGAUGUUUCCUACAAAAAUUUUACCUUGACCAUAACAUAGAAAUGUUUCCACUCAAACUUCCUUAAACAUUAAAGGCGCAUUCACCUUGGUGAGCUCUACUUGGCAGACCUCACAAAGAUCAAGGUCAAGGUCCUCAUGGGAAGGUGACGGAUGAAUUUGAUUUGAAUCUUAAUUAAUAUUGUUCAUAUAUCGAAUCCAAUUCAAUUGUCUUAUAUCUUUAGCUCUUUUUAAUGAUCCUCAGUAGUUCUUAGUAAUGUGGUAACAAAAUCACAACCAAUCAAAUUUUGUUACUUGAGACGUGCUAUCUCUUUAUUAAGGUGUCAUUACAGCAAUAAUAUUUGUUUUAAAGUUGUCUCGCAUGGCCAUUUGGCGUUGAACUAACGAUAUACUGUACAUCGCGAACUGUGUAUGGUCAGUAACGCAGGAAUGUGAAAAUAACGCAGGAAUUGCGCAAAAGUAACCAGAAUUGUGUAACCGUAUUAAAACUAUUUCCAGGAGUGUUUUACUUCUAUAUCAUGCGUGAGGACGACAACCUGGCUAGCGUACUGAAGGCGAUUUUUGAGCUUUGUUAUAUAUGUAUAUACAUUAACACUUAUAUAAUUUUCACCGUCAUAUCACUUUGUUGUCUUUGGUUUUGAUAUUCGGCAUACCUAUGACUUUUGCCAAACUAUACGCGUCAGGUAAAAUAUGAUUGAGACCAUUUUUACAAACGUAAACGUAUUUUACACGGUGUAUAGCCAAAGCGGUCAAUGUCAAAAACGCGUUGCUGAGACAUCAUUCGUUCCCACAACAAUUACUAGUAUCCUUGUAUCCUUCGUUCCAUUCUUGAUAAAAAGAGGCAGAUACCACAAAAGAUGAUGUUAUUUCAGAUAGAAAGUAAGUAUUUGAAAAAAAGAAAGAAAAAUGCUACCGACCUACAUUUAUAAAAAAAUGACGAAUGGGAAUUAAAAGGCAUCCUUUGAUCCAAUGUUUGUCUAUCAAAUAUGAAAAUAAGCGUUUAAUUUGUUUGUCUGAAAGUAAAAGAUAUAAAGCGAAGAUAUUUGUCAUUGCAUUAGCUUCUAGAUAUAGAUACAAGUGUUAUAAUUAUUGUAUGAUAAUCCGGCUAGUCCGGGUGAAUAUAUUCUUUCACUGAAAAUAAAAUAGCAUGAACAUAUUUCAAAACAGAAAAGAAAAACCUAAUGUGAUAAACAUGUUGCAUUGUUCUAUAAAACUUGCAGGAAGUGCAUGUAUCUUUUAAAUAUAACGGUAAAGGGUCAACUCGGCCCUAUACCAACUCCGCACGUGUCAACUCGGCCCUCUAUUAAAAAAAAAUAUUAGGAUAUAGAAUCUAGAUUGUUUAGUUAAUAAACCGUUCAGGUGUAAAUUACUAUAAAUGUAAUUUAGGGGUAAAUAUAACACAUUUAUGUUAAAUAUUUUGUCUACUAUAAUUUCUUAUUUACUCAAAGAGAACGAUAUCUGCCAACUUGUGCGUGUUACUUCACAGACACUGUCACUUUGACUAUAAUGGUCGUGUAGUGGUAGAUGGUUUAGCAGUGAUAACAUAUAUGUGAUAGUGGCUAUGGCUUUGGACUUGCUGCAAUGAACAUUUCUGAUCAUUCUUUAAAAUUAAAACAAAACAAAAAGUGCAUUAAACAGUCGUUCAAACCACGGCGUGUUCAAACAUAGUGGUGGCACGAACAUUAUGCGGUGCUAGAAACAAACGAUGUCCGAAUUUUUUUGGUAACUGGAAAAAGUGUUUAAAACAUAACUUUCCUUCACUGCAGUUCUUUUGAAAUUUGUUUUAUAAAAGUUUGAUUAUAAAUAUUUUCUCUGCUGUUCAUAAAUAUAAUUGGCAAAAUAAUGAACUAGGUAAUCAAAAUACCUCCAAGUUUCUCCCAUCUACGUGUGGAUGCCCAAUUUGUUUUUUGUUCUUUUUUGUUUUUUUUCACAAACACGGAUCUUUGAGAAUAAUAAAAUAUAAUUCAUAAAAAUACUGAAUGCCUAUUACCUUAUACAGUCUGAAGCAUUGUCGUUUUUACUUAUAUUUUAUUCAUACAGAAAAUAUACUUACUUUUUCGAACCCACUCAUACCAGUUAUUCAGUAUAUAACGACCGUUGGUAGACCGUUGUCUGCUUUGGCUAUACACCGUGAAGUAACGCCGACUUCGUGAAUGAUGGAACCGGAGCAAUGCUGGUUUCCUCAUAAAAUGUAUCUGAAUAAUAUUCAAUGUGCCUCCUGGGACAUAAUGUAAUAAUUAUAAUAUGAUAUUUGACUAUUGUAUGACUCUAGUAGUUUAGCAAAUAUAUAAGGUAUACUGAAUACCAAAACAAUAAAGUUUUAAAUGCAUCAUUGUACUUAUUUGCGAGUAUAUCUGGGUUACUGAUAUGAAGUAGUUUAAACUGACAACACUUCAAAACGGUAGUCAGGUCGUCAUUCCACAAAUUAUCUCUCAAAGUAAACGUAUUCCUGGAAAUAUGUGUAAUGCUGGUAAAAUAUAAUGGCAUAGUCCAUAUGCAAUUAUUAAUUUCUUUUGAUUUUAUUUACGUUAAAUAUUUUGGUCCGUUUACUUACCUGGUUACUCGUUUCGGCCAUAGCUUUGCACAGCUUCGGCGUUACUGUUGCACUAUUCAUGUGUUAUUUUCACAUUCCUGUGUUACCGGACGGUACACGUUGCCGUAGAAUAUGCAUGAAUUGAAAUGCAUUUUCCCAAAAUCAUAACGAUGAAUAUGGAUUAAAUGUCAUAAUGAAUUAUUAGUCAAAGUAAUUUGACGUCUUGAUCUAGAUUCUGAAGUACAUUUUAAACUUCCAAAGAGAUAGGUGUCUUAGAGGUUUGUCUCUGACAAUUUGUUCCGUCAGAUUUCAAUACAUGUAAUUGGGUUUAUAUUUGGCAUAUUAUGAAAAUAUUAAAUCACAAACACGUCAAAGUUCAUUUUUCUUUGCAAACAAUUAUUUAUAGUUGCUCCAUUUAUGUGAAAAUUUCAAUUGAAAUUAUUGCUGGAUUUGGCUUCUGUAGAAUUUCAAGAAUUGCGUUUGUAUUUGGUUUGUAAAUACAUAUACAUGUAUUUUUUUAUCAAAACACAGAAUAAAAUCUUUUUUCUCCA